AUGGGAUUCUUUGGGCCUACUCUUACUAAAAAGAAGGGCAGCAAGCCAUCUUCAGUCGCGUCGGCUCCCCCUCCAAAAGUCGAUCAUCUAGGUUAUGCCCUCAAUGGACCACCGCAACCACAAAUUCAGGCCUCAGUCCCGCCUGUCGGAUUACCCCCUGCCCCCCUUGGUUGGGUUGCGCAACCUUCUGGACCUCCCCCUCCUUACCAGACUCACAGGCCAUGCCCACCCAUCAUUGUAAACCAACAUUACUAUCUUAGCCCCCUGCCUUCCAACAACCCUUACCCAUACAGUGGCGGAUCCGGGGCUAUUAGUAAACCCAAGCCUGGAACCGAGGCUGAUAUAGCCAACAGCAUCGUAUCCGGGAACGUCGUCCAUCAAGUUUUCGAUGACGGCUUGCCGAGUUGGCAUUGUCACGCUUCGCAACUGCUCAACCAGGGCGCUGCCAUGUACGAUCAGAUCCAGUCCAGGUUCAAUGACGUGAUGACGUUGAUUGAUCGCGACCGGUUGCUGGGAAAUGAAAAGGAACUGUUUACGUACCAGUCUUUGCCUGCUGCUACGCCACCCUCAAGUGUUGCCUCUCAGCCCCCAACACUGGAAAAGCACACCCCAAAGAAGAGUGGCAAGAAAGAUGCGCCGAAGGGACAGACGACUGCUGUCGCUUCUUCACUCAUCUCGGGAGGGUAUUUCGCAAAGGUUGAGCUCUACGCCAAUUCCCGACUUCCCAUGAACUUGCCUCCAUUGAGACUAUACAUCCCGACCUACCCUCUGCUCUGCCUAGCAGCACAAUUCUCCGAGAGGGUAUACGAAAAGCCACGAGGCGCAGAGCGAAAUGCUCAUGUGGAUGCGGACUGGCGGACUGGAACCAAGGCCAUGUGCAUCAAGUCGGUGCCGAUGGACCACAUGAACACCAUCGUGUUUGCCAUUCGCGGGACAGCGACAUUUAUGGACUGGGCCGUCAACUUGAAUACGGCGCCAGCAUCACCAUCCGGCUUCCUAGACGAUACCGGCAAUUUCUGCCACGCGGGAUUUCUCUCAGCCGCCCGGAAGAUGGUGAAACCUGUCGCGGCACGUCUUCGGCAACUGCUCGAGGAAGACCCCCAUCGGUCUUCAUACUCGCUUCUCAUUACAGGCCACUCAGCCGGCGGUGCCGUCGCAGCCCUGCUCUACUCGCACAUGCUCGCAACCUCAAAGGCUGCUUCCUCGGAACUUAACAUACUGACGGGCUGCUUCAAGCGCGUGCAUUGCAUUACGUUCGGCACGCCCCCCGUCUCGCUCCUUCCGCUCACCAAACCCGAUAGGCCUCAAUUCAAGAAAUCGCUGUUUAUGAGUUUUGUGAACGAGGGCGACCCGGUCGCACGCGCCGACAAAGCGUACGUAAAGAGCCUGCUGGAAUUAUUCGCCACCCCGUCGCCGAGCCAGGGCCAGUUGAAAGCGCCGACCUCCAAACUCCCCUCGCCGCCUCCCAGUCCGUCCCUGAAGCACAGCAAGCCGUCGCGUGACAAGAAAUCCAAGUCGUCGUCGACGGCGGCAUCGGUCAAACCUUCCUCCAAGGCGUCCGUCGUGUCAAGUCACUCUGCGCAAUCGGCUUCAUCCAAGUCCUCCUCGUCAUCAUCUACUUCUAAGACGAAACCGGCAGGACCGGUCUGGCAAGUGCCCCCUAGCACGCUGAGCAGUGCGGGCCGCAUUAUCGUGUUGAGAUCAGGCGACCCCAAGGCACGGUUGAAGAAGAAGAAGACGGUUGAGGAGCGACUAAAUGAGGGUGUGGUCGCCCAGAUCACGAGUGAUGAGCAAUUAAGGGGCGUCAUUUGGGGCGAUCCGGUGUGUCAUGUUAUGAGCCUUUAUGCAGGAAGGAUCGAGACACUGGCUGUGGGGGCCGUGACUGCUAAGGGGUACUAG